AUAAAUAGGGAAAUAUAUGAAUAAGAGUGUCAGAUAUAGAAUUUUAUUUUAUUUAUCUUCAUCUUAUGGAGUCUUUUUGGUGUAGGGUAAUUUCUGUGGAUAAUGUUGAGCUGCGAGAGCCUGUGUUAUACAAAGAGUUUAGCGCCUCAAAUAGUGACCUUCACCAUUUUAUCUCCAACUACUUUGAAAUAUUUCAUUAAUGUAAUUGUUGACAAAACGGGAGGAACUUCUGAGUAGUUAGCUUUUUUUUUUAACCUCCAGAUCUUAAUCUUUGGCCUUUUUCUUCAUUUGUGCAUGUGCUUCUUGCGAUUCUAUUCUGUGGGUGAUUGUCUGUCCAAUAUUGUUAGUUUUAUUUCUAGUUCAUGUGUCGACAGUAUCUCCACGGAAACAUGAACUUUGUUUUACAGUUAUAUAACACACAGUACUCCUACCGCUUUUACGGCUUCUUAUUGUCUCAGUUUACAUAAAGGCAAUCUGGCACUGAUCAGUUUCCUUGUACCGAAACAUAAAACAAGAUAUGAAAAUCAUAAAAAAAUGUAUAAAAAAAACGAAAAACAGAAACACGUUAUUAAUAGACUGCUAUUUUACUUUGAUGUAAGUAUCUUAAAUUUUUUUAAUAUUGGUAUAAAAUUCAAACAUUUACCAGGAAAUUGUUAAAGAUUAUCUCCAUUGCAACAUCAUAACCUCAUUGGGCCCCAUUCACUAACAUGUGCGCAGGAAUGUCCUUUCUCUCCGAAGAAAUUAUGUGCGUGCACAAAAUCGCCCCAUCCGAUUUGCUCAGAAUCAUUCUAAAUCGAUAGAUUUAGCUCUCUGUGAUUAGCAUACUGCUACAAUUAUAUUCCUCCAUAUAAGGUCCUUCGUGUGUCAUGAAGAGAGGAAGUGGAAGUUAUAAGAGACGACCCCAAAAGGGAAAAAACACUGUUAAAGUGCCUGGAACGAGUCAUGAUCUGACAUCAUCGAUUAAUAACUGAAUACAUGUGAUUAUCAGCACAUACACACACAGAUAACAACUUAGCGCUGUUUUUUAACUUCGUUGUUGCAGAAGAAACGUCAAUUUCAUAGUUAUUUAAUACAUUUGGUCAAAGCAUAAAUAUAUCCUUUUUAAUGUAUUAAAUGGAGAUUAAUAUACUAUGCAUUUAGUUAAAAGGGUGUGUUUACAUUUUCUAGGACAACCAGGCCUUUAUCAUUUUUGCAUACACAUGGUCUAAGGAAGUUUUUUCCAGAACUCGCGCUGCAAGAAGACGUAACAGGUACUCCUCUCCAACAAUGAAGCUAAUGAAACGAGGAAUGUUUCUACUGCUCCUGAAGCUCACCAUUGCACUGGGAUCACUAUGGAUCCUCUCCCUACUAAACUGCAGUAAUCCAGGCUGGAAUCCCAGCUCAGUUCUCAGGUACAGCUGGUUGGAGUAUACAGACUCUGAUGACAGCCCAGAGAAAGUGUGUAACUGCUCAGCUAUCCUGCAGGGAGAGAGGGAGGCACUGGAGCAGGCCAAAUUGCUGACCAUCACCAAAGACUUCAACAAGAUUGUUCACAUCCCUGAUGAACAUUACAUGAAUGCAACCGAAGACUGCAGUGCAUUCAAAUUAAGACGAAAAUACUUAACAUCUACGUUAAGCAAGGAAGAAGAGGACUUCCCCCUGGCAUACUCUAUGGUUUUGCAUCACAAGGUGCAGAACUUUGAGCGCCUGCUGCGAGCCAUCUACGCACCUCAAAAUAUUUAUUGUGUCCAUGUGGACAAAAAGGCAGAAUCCUCUGUCUUUUUUGCCAUCUGGGCAAUUACUGACUGCUUCCCGAACAUCUUCUUGGUCAGUCAGCCUGUUGAUGUGGUCUAUGCGGCCUGGUCACGUGUCCAGGCUGACCUUAACUGUAUGGCGGAUCUCUAUAACAGCAGCACACAAUGGAAAUACGUCAUCAACCUUUGUGGCCAAGAUUUCCCUCUGAAAACCAACUUGGAGAUUGUAAGGACACUGCGUUCACUGAGGGGCGGGAACAGCUUAGAGUCAGAAGAAAUACCUGCAUAUAAAGUGGGGAGAGUGAGAAAUGCACACAAAAUAACAGAUGGAAGAAUCCAGAGGACAGGGAAGGCAAAGGAAACUCCUCCCUUCAACAUAACCAUAAUGUCUGGAAAUGCCUACUUUGUGGUUAGCCGGGGUUUCAUCCGCAGUGUGUUGGAGGACCGCCGAGUGCUGGCACUGAUGGAGUGGUUCAAAGACACCUACAGUCCUGAUGAAUUUCUCUGGGCAACCAUUCAGCGAAUGCCCGGAGUUCCUGGCUCAACACGGCCCCACAAGAAAUAUGACAUGUCAGACGUCAAUGCCAUCGCUCGCCUGGUGAAGUGGCAGUCGCACGAGGGGUCGCAGGAUUUUCCCGACGUAGUGUACCCAGAGUGUCAAGGCAGCCACGUCAGGGAAAUAUGCGUAUAUGGUGCCGGGGACUUAAAGUGGAUGCUCAAGCAGCAUCAUCUCUUUGCCAACAAGUUUGACAUAGACAAGGAGCCCGUUGCUGUCUACUGUUUGGAGAAAUAUCUAAGAAAAAGGGCACUGUCUGGUCUAUAAUAGAUAUAUUGGAGGUUUUUCACAGCAACCGAGAAUGGCAUUCAAUUCAAACCUUUAUCAAUACAGGGAAAUUGUAUUGAAUUUGUUUAUAAUUCUAGAGUGAUGAACAUGCUAAUGAGAAAGGCGGGCCUAACCUCAGUCUCGAGCAGGAUUGGUCAACUGAGCUACACACACACAGCCCCUGCGCUCCGCCACACAAUCGCUCAGAGACACGGGCAGUGACUGAGACUUGAUCUCUUCACCGUGAAACAGCCAGUUAGUGACUCUGUGGAACAGUGGAAACAGUGAAAACACAGAGCUUCUCUGGUCACAUCUGCUCAGAGAUCAGCGGCUUCAUGAUCAGAGCAGAGGCGGCAGGUGGUUUGUACCGAGCUGGAGUUUCUGUUUCCUCCUCCUCCUCUCGGCUCGCUCAUUGUGCUCAGUACAACACGAGACGUGUCGCUCACAGUCAGGACUACUGACAGCUAAAUCAUCCCAAUAAAAAAUAACCUUAACUAACCCUCUGAACUUGAACUAGUUCAUUUUAAGUGUGAACUGGCUCAACGCUGCAAACAGCUACUGGACACCAGCAUUGAAAGGCAGAAGUAGUAGGGCUGGAUCAUUACACUCCUGUGA